CAUAGAUGGAGGGGGCCUCUACAGUGAAGCCAUCUUCACAGUGGUUGUAAAUAGGAAUCUUAACACUCCAGCCUUUGAUAGACUUGAGUAUGAUCUGACCUUGUCUGAAAACCAACGGAUCCAAGUCCCUCUCCUGAAACUGUUGGCCACAGAUCUUGACCGACAGGCUCCUCACAACACCCUGGUGUACAGGAUUACAGGUGAAGGCCUAGCACAAAGUUUCUUCACUGUGGACUCUGAUGGGUUUCUCACCCUGAUAAGAUCAUUGACACAGAACAGGCAGUUGAACCAAUUCACUGUUCGUGUGAGUGUGAGCGAUCAGGGUUUGCCAAGGAAAGGACCUCUCUACAACAAGCCACGGUUCGUGUGACCGUCACACGGGACACUACUUCGUCACCCAUCUCCUUUAAUCAGACUUAUGAGCAAACAGUACGGGAAGACGUGCCCAGUGGAACUCUUGUUGAAACAGUUAGAGCAGACAGCUCUGACCCAUCUCGCAUCCAGUACUUCAUUAUUGGAGAUGGUCGUGCCACACAGCUCUUCUCCAUUGAUCCUAACACUGGCCGCAUCACAGUCAGCGGAGAUCUCUCCCAAGAUGCAAGCCCCUUCUACAUGAUUCUUGUGGAAGCUCGUGACGACAGGUCCCCACCCAGACGCGCUCAAACCACAGUCAAGGUCAAUGUUCUACGGAACUUCUAUGCCCCUGUGUUCACACGGCCAUCCUACAGCUUCCAAGUGGACGAGACCCAGCCCUGGGGAACUCCUUUCUCCUCCUUCUCAGCCAGAGAUGAAGAUCGCCAGCCUCCCAACAACAUUGUGCACUACAAUUUGACUGGUGAUGCCCGAGUACUACGCUUCUUCAAUGUGAAUGAGCAAACUGGAGCCAUUAGUGUACGUCAAGCUCUGACCACUGAUACCAGUGAUCAGAUCUACAGGGGAGUCCUGUAUGCUUAUGAUCUGGGUGAGCCGAGGCGUGUCAGCAAGGAGCAGCCCUUUACUGUCACAGUGCGCCGCAAUCAGUUCCCUCCAGAGUUUAUCGGCACUCCAUAUGAGAAACAGAUUCAGCAAAAUCAUCAACCGAAUACAGCUGUCUUCAGAGCUGGUGAAAUCAGAGUCCGAGACAAUGAUACAGUUUUCAAUGAGCUGGAGUUUCGUAUUAUUGGGGAUGAUAAAUCUCAAGGAUUAUUUGCCAUCAACCCAGUUCCCACAGACAGAUCAACAGCUGUUAUAACCCUUAGGAACAGCAUACAGGCUGACCCUGAUAGUGUCUACAGGGUCCGUAUUUGGGUGGGUGACAAUGGUUCGCCCCAGAAAACUGCUGUAACCGUGGCCCGAGUCACUGUACAGCGUAAUCUCAACCCCCCAAGGUUUACAAGGACCACACCCUAUACUGUCACCAUCCUAGAAAUUCAGGAACUAGGCAGAUCUUUUAUCACGGUUGAAGCAACAGAUCUGGACACCGUGCCUCCCCACAACCAGGUGAGAUACCGACUGGGUGGUAACAGCCAAGGUUUGGAGUACUUUGAUGUGAAUGAGCGAACAGGAGGCAUUUACCUGAAGAAACCUCUCACAGAUGACCUGACGGACCGUGUAAAUUACAGGCUUUACGUAAAAGCCCGUGAUUUGGGUGAGCCCCUACCUCUGGAUUCAACACAAGAUGCUAUAGUCGAUGUUACCGUCAAACACAACUUGUACUCUCCAGAAUUUCCUCGGUCUGAAUAUGACACCAGCAUUCCUGUAGACUCUCAGACUAACAGGCUGGUCUUUACUGUGACAGCUACGGACAGAGAUGAGCCUCCAUUUAAUAAUAUCACCUACAGUAUUGUGGGUGACACUGGAGCAGAGAAUGUGUUUGCUAUUAACAGUCAAGGUGUAAUACGUCUGAGACGUCCCAUUCUGACAGACUCAACACCGGAAUACAGGGUCCGAGUGCAAGCAGCUGAUUCUGGCAGACCCAGCAAACUAGGUUUCACUGUUGUUGUUGUCACCGUGUCUAGGAACAGAUUCCGUCCUCGCUUCACCAAUCCUGGUGGCAUAGAGAAUACAGUGAACAUCACUGUGCCGGAGAGCGUAGGCUUUGACUACCUCAUCUAUGAUGUGGAUGCAGUAGACAAUGACACUGCUAGACCUUAUAAUGAAAUAAGGUAUGAGAUUGUUGGCCAUCAGAUUGCCCAGAACUUCUUCCAGAUUGAUGAGAACACGGGACAAAUUCGUCUUCGUCAGUCUCUAAUGCUGGGCAGUGAGGAGUAUUACAGGAUUUUAGUACAAGCUGAAGAUAAAGGGAAUCCGCCAUUACGGGCCCCUGGGCACGGGAUCAUUAUAGUGAGAGUGUUAAGGAAUCAGUUUGCUCCGUACUGGACAAGGGUCUCCACGCAGGAUAUACGUAUCACAGAGAGGGUUCAACCUGGCACUGUAAUCUUUCAAGUUCAAGCUGUUGAUAAUGAUAUUUCGUCUUUCUUUAACAAAGUCUUCUACGAGAUCAUAGGUGAUCCUCCUUCACCGGCUUACUUCAACAUAUCACAGACAGGGCAGAUAACUGUGAGCAGAACUCUGGACGCAGAUGUGCAGACCACGUACAUUAUUCGAGUGCGAGCCUUUGACAAUGGGCGCCCACCAUUGGGUAACACCACGAUUGUACGUGUGGUUGUUAAUCGUAACCAAGGAGCUCCGUACUUUGUGCAAACACAGUACAAUUUUGAUGUGGAAGAAACAAGAGCACUUAAUCAAGGUUUUGGCACUGUGACAGCUGAGGAUGAUGAUAAUCAGGCCCCCUUUAAUACGCUGAACUACGCGCUGAUGGGGACGACUGUUGGCAUGGAGUACUUCCAGAUCAACCGCCAAACAGGAAUGCUGUCUGUCCGCAAAUCACUACAGCUCGACCCACAGCAGAGAACAUCCUACACUGUCAUAGUGCGUGUUUAUGAUUUGGGAAUCCCCAGCAACAAUGGCACCAAUACAGCCACAGUGACCAUCAAUGUAAACCGCAAUCGUUAUGCUCCAUUCCUCCGGGGAAGUCCGUACAGGCGGACUGUGGCUGAGAACACAACAGUAGGCUCUCUGAUAGUCCGUGUGGAGCCUGUGGAUAGGGACGUCAGUGCUCCUUUCAACCAGACUCAGAUUCGUGUUCUUGGAAAUCUGUCAACUGAUGCCUUGACCUACUUCAGCUUUAACCCCAGCAAUGGAGAAGUUCGUGUCAGAGCUGACCUGACCACAGCUCCUCAAAACAUCUACAAUAUUUGGAUUUUCAUCCAAGAUGGUGGCCGCCCCCCUUUGUCUGAUGUGGGUGUUGUGGAAAUCACAAUCCAGCGCAACCAGUACCGACCUCGUAUCACCUCUCAGACUACGGUCACACUGACAAUCUCUGAGACGGAGUCACUGGCGAAAGUUCUGUAUACAACAACUGCUAUUGAUCUAGACCCACCUGGUCCUGGAGCUGAAAUAAGAUACUUUAUUGCCCUCUCCCAAUUUGGCGGAGCGCAGUAUUUCCGUGUGGACCCACUGUCUGGAAAUCUGACCAUUUCUCAGCCUUUGACCACUGAUACACAGGCCAGAUAUGUGGUUGACAUCAAGGCUCGUGAUCUUGGAGAGCCUUCCCUGAUCAGUGACAACACAGCCAGGGUCACUAUCAAUGUCCUGAGGAACAAUCAGGCCCCUACGUUCACCAACACUACGUAUUAUGCCCAGAUCGAUGCCACACAUCCCCAGAACCAGCUCAUCAUCACUGUCACUGCCAGGGAUAGUGAUACUCAGGGUAAUUUUGGCCGAGUGUCUUACAGUGUUGUACGGGACAGACCGGAUGCAGCCUUUUUCAGUAUCCCUAAUCCGAGUUCUGGUCGGAUUGUCCUAGCUCAGGAUAUAUCCCGACAAGAUCUGCUCCAGUACAGGUUUGAAGUCCGUGCUGAAGAUGGCGGCAGUCCACCCAAGUACACUAAUGCUCUUGUCAUUGUAAAUGUGAAUCGUAACCUGUUUGCCCCUCGCUGGGUGCGAACACCCACUCUCACGUCCCCUAUUGAGGAGACUUCACGCCCAGGUGGGGUCAUUGCUGUUGUCAGUGCUCAGGAUGCAGAUCUCCUGCCACCACACAACACUGUGCGGUAUCGAGGAAGCACAGAUGAAUUUUUGGUCAACGAAGUAACUGGAGAAAUAUCAGUGAGAACAUGGCUGGUUGGACAUUCAGAAACUACAUAUACGGUAAAUGUGGUAGCGUAUGAUCUCGGUAAGCCAGAAUCAAAGUCUAGUCCGCCUUAUCAAUUUGUCAUUCGGGUCAGUCGUAAUAACCAGCCACCCCAGUUCAUCAAUGAGCCGUACAGCAAAAAUCUACUGCUUACCUCCCCUGUCGGUACAUUCGUUUACAAGGUCACUGCUGAAGACAAAGACCUUCCGCCAUUUAACCAGGUGACAUAUUCUAUCAUUGGGGAUGGACCAGCCACUAGAUUAUUCCAAAUUGAUGAAAAUGGAGCUAUCACAGUGAACAGCUCUCUCAACAUUAACAACAGCCCCAACAGAUACACAAUUCGUGUUAUGGCUGAGGAUAGUGGGAUUCCCAAACUGUCAGACGUCAGCGUUGUGGAUGUGACAGUUAGCAGAAACCUCUAUGCUCCUGAAUUUAGACCAACUCGCUACACAGUGGAGAUCCCUGCUACCAAACCUCUGGGGGAGACCAUCAUUAAGGUUAACGCCACAGAUCGUGACACCACGAGGCCAAGUAAUACCAUUGAGUACUCCCUUGUGGCCAAUAUCCUGACAAACACCUAUUUCCAGAUCAACCGUGAAACUGGCGAGAUCAGCUUAAAACGUCCUAUAGGAGAUGAACCCAGUCAGCAGGCUGUCUACGUAAUACAAGUUGUUGCUCGUGACCUUGGUGAGCCACCCAAACCAGCAUCCAAUUCAGCCACUGUGGAGAUAACUGUCAACCGUAACAGGUUUUCUCCAGAAUUCCUCAAUUUGCCGUAUGAGGAGUCUAUACCUGUGAACAGUACAACAGGAACAGCAGUGUUUACUGUGUCUGUCAGAGAUAAAGACACCAAGGCACCAUUCAAUCAAGUGACAGUGCGAAUUGUGGGCGACGAGACUGCACCAAGCCUGUUCCGUUUGGAUAGCCAGAAUGUUGUUAGAGUUAUCAGUGGUGCUGAUCUUCAGAGAGACCCCACCCGAGUCUACAAGAUCCGUUUAUUGGCUUCUGAUGCUGGUCAGCCUUCUUUGACAGCCAUUGCCGUGGGAACAGUUACUGUCUCACGGAACUUGCGUGCACCAGAAUUCAGCCAUGGUGAAGUCUCCUUGAGAAUCCCAAGGAGUCAGGUGCCAUUUUUGACACUUGUCAGGGUGAAUGCCACAGAUGAUGACCAGUCUGCUCCCAAUAAUGAAUUUGAGUACCUCUUGGUUGGUGAUGAUAACGCUAGAGAGUACUUCAGCGUGAACCCAAGGACAGGGGAGAUAAUGCUGAUCAAACCACUGAGCAACACUCAACAAGCUGGGUUCUUGCUGAGAAUUCGUGCCAGAGACUUUGGCACCCCAGAACUCUUCUCCACCGUCAUUGUGCGAGUGACUGUGACAGGAGACACUGAAGUUUUCCAAUUUGAUCUCCCAAACUAUGUGAUUGUUGUCGCAGAGAAUGUUAACAUCUCGUAUCCGGUUCUUGAUGUUAAUGCUGGACCAGGGACCAAUGUGAUAUAUUCCAUUACUGGGUAUGGCACAGCCCCUACAUACUUCAGCAUAGAUCAGAACACGGGUGUUAUCAGAGUACGCAGACAGCUGAUUACUGAUAACACAAACCGUGUGACCUACGUUAUAUUGGUGCGAGCUACGAGGCAAGUAGGAACCUCGACACAGACUGCCACAGCCAACGUGACAGUCACUGUGAGUCGAAAUCCAAACCCACCAGAGUUUGACAGACAAAGGUAUAUCUUCAAUGUGACAGAUGUGUGGCCAAUCACAAGGCCUAUUGGUCAGGUGGUGGCGACUGAUAGAGAACAGACAAUCCUGCUCUAUAGCCUGAUAUUCCAGCCUACGAACCCAGCCAGAACCUUCUUCUCUGUGACUCCAACAACAGGCCAGAUCUUCCUGAAUGCCCCACUGACCACGGCCAAUGUGGACAGGUUCAUAUUCCAGAUAGGCGUAUCUGACCAAGGCAAUCCAGCCAAAACAUCCACAGCAAGUGUAAUUGUCAACAUCAACGUAAACAACCAACCACCAAUCAUUACGGGUGGUCCUUAUCGGGCUAACAUCUCUGCUAAUCACACAGUGGGUAUCUCUGGCAGUUUCAUCAGGGUCACAGCCACCGAUCCAGACCUUGUGGGUCAACUUCGUUUUGGAAUUCAAGGCCAUGGCACAGCUCCCAGCUAUUUCACAGUGGAUCCAAUCACAGGCCAGAUCUAUGUCAUUCGGUCUCUGACUACAGACGUUACAAGUGUUUAUACAAUUGAGAUCUUUGUGUAUGACACGUUCAGACAGCUGGAGAUAUCCUCUGUGAAUGUAACAGUGUAUACAGACCGGGCAGACAGACCACCUGUGUUCAAUCCUACCCAGUACACAGCUCGGGUCAGAGAAGAUGCUGUCCAGGGCACUUACCUCACCACUGUCGUUGCCAGAGACCCUGAUGGGAGUCCUGUUAGAUAUUCCAUUAACAGACUGCAAACUCCCAGUGGAAUUCAGUCCCUUGUGUUUGUGGACCCUCUGUCUGGACAAGUGUCUGUGUCUGGCCUUAUGAGAAACACCAAUGGCACAAAUAUUUAUGUGUUUGUGGAUGCCACAGAGCUGAGUGUUGCUGGAAGAACUUCGAUUGUCCCUGCUCGUGUCACCAUCACCCUGGACAGGAACAACUACCCUCCCACGUUCACUGAGUCAGUGUACAAUGUCACUAUUGAUGAGACGACUCGUACAGGCACAAUUGUGCUCAGGAUCAAUGCUACAGAUAGAGAUACUGGAGACUUUGGUAAGGUCAGGUAUGACCUUAUUGGAGAUGGUACAACACCAAUCUACUUCAGCUUGAACCCCACCACAGGUGUGCUGACAGUGAAGAAUUCCCUUUUGACUGAGAGGACCACUCUUUACCAGGCUCGCAUCAUGGCCAGUGACUUGGGGUCUCCUCCCCAAACUACCAACAUUGUCGCAUACAUCUACGUGAAUCGCAAUCUGUAUGCCCCAGUCUUCAACCAGAGCCUGUACCAGACCAGCAUCCUGGAGGAACACCCCAUAGACACCUUUGUAUUACAGGUGUUAGCCACAGAUCGUGAUAGAUGGAGCCCUUUUAACUCUGUGAGUUAUCGUCUAAUCAAGACUUUGCAGUCUGACUACUUCAGUAUAUCUCCCGAGGGUAUCAUCUCUCCCAGAAUUCCACUGACCACAGACCCCAACAACCCAUCUAGCUACCAGUUUCAAGUGACCGCUGUGGAUGGUGGUGAAAGGAUCUCUCAAGACCCAGCCAAUGUUAGAAUCAAUGUGUGGCAGAACAACCCUCCCCAGUUUACCAACCUGCCUAACACAACCACCAUAGGAGCCAGCACUGGCCCCAGUGUCCCCAUCUUUACUGUUGGGGUGAGAGACCCAGAUGCUCCCAGGAGACCUCAUGGUGAGAUUAAGGAGCUACGUUUGGAUGCCCUGAGUACCGGGGCUGGAGUUUUUGCUAUUGACAGAAAUGGUGUGAUAACAACAACAGCAAACUACCAACGGGAUCAGCGGGAGAGCUAUGUGCUACGUGUGAUUGCUGUUGACAACGGUAACCCAUCCCUAUCAGCCUCUGCCACACUAUCCAUCAAUGUACGCCGUAACCAGUUCAAGCCCGAGUUUCUGAACUUCACUUACGAGACACAGGUGCUGGAGACUCAGGAUCUGGCUGUGCCCUUCCUGCGACUCUCUGCCCGAGAUCAGGACACUGUGCCUCCGUUUGGGGAUAUCUACUACACAAUCGAGAACAAUGAUCUGGCCAGACAGUUCUUCAUAGUGUCAUCUCAGGGGAUAGCUGUGAGACAGCCUCUGACAGAACUCACCACUACUGACAGCAUUCAGUUUAACCUUGCCAUCCAAGACGGAGGUAAUCCACCUCAGCGUGGAGACAGACAGGCCAGUGUAACCAUCAACAUCAUUAGAAACAGAUACACACCCCAGUGGACCAACACGCAGCCCUACGACCGCACCCUGGCCAGGAAUGUCUCAGUUAACACCCCUGUUGUCACUGUCCAGGCAACUGAUGCUGAUCCUAGUAAUACACCCUUUGGCACGGUGCGAUACUACCUCACAGGAGAUGGCCCAGCCCCAGCCUAUUUCAGGAUCAACUCUGUGACUGGUGUUAUAACUGUGCAGAACAGCCUUAACCUAGUGGCAAACACAGAGUUCAGGCUGAGGAUAGAGGCGAGAGAUGGUGGACGACCUUACAAAUUCAACACCACCAUAGUGACUGUGACCCUACAGCAGAGCUCGGGAGCCCCAGAGUUUAACCAGACCUCGUACACAGUAUAUGUCAGAGAGGACCGACCUGUUGGUUUCGAGUUCCUCAGGCUCUAUGCUGUCACUCAGGGACAACAGCCCCUUGACUCUUUCCGUUACACACUGCGGGAAGGGAACUUUGAUCCAGUGUGUUUCACCAUCAAUGAGGUGACAGGCUGGGUUCGUGUGAAGGCUUCUUUGACUGUGUCACCCUGUCUGGCCUCUGUUCACUCUUUACGAGCUGUAGUGAGUGACAGGAACAACCCCAGUGUUAGUAGCUCUGCAUCUGUUAGGAUUGUCCUGCAGAGAAACAUUCAUAGCCCAGAGAUACUGAACCUGCCCAACAAUGUCACCAUACAAGUCACCCAGAGCACCUCAGAUGUUAUUUUUACUGUCCGUAGCCGAGACACUGAUACUGUGAUUCCUUUCAAUCGAGUCCGAUACUCCAUUAUUGGUGAUGGUCCAGCAGCUACCUUCUUUAGGAUUGAUGAGACACAAGGCUUUGUCUAUCUGAGCAGAGCAUUAACUAACCAGCCUAACAAUGCCUACACAGUGCGGAUACAGGUUAGAGAUGGGGGUACCCCAGCUAAGACAGCUGAGGGUGUACUGAUGGUGUACAUCCGCACCACCACUUCCCCGCCAGUCAUCCCCGCUGACCAGCUGAACCUAGAGGCUACCAUCCUUGAGACCCAGGAGCUCGGAGUCAUCUUCAUGCCUAACCUGAGGGCCACAGACAGCGACCCGCCACCAGACAACAUAAUCUACUUUGAGGCUGUAGGAAACAGCCCUGCCCUGAAUUUUUUCAGCGUUGGGAGAGAUGGCUCUAUCACUGUGAGACGAUCGCUUACAUCUGACAAUGCUACAAGAUACGUGUUCUCAGCUAGGGCCUACAAUGAAGGCCCCCCUCGUCAGUACAGCACGCAGACUUCCAGAAUCACCAUCAAUGUGAUCAGGAAUGACUACUGUCCACAGUUCAGCUCCCCUCAGUUUAGCACAAACAUCAACAUCACCAGUGGCCCUGGCUCUGUCCUCAACUUCAGAGUGGUCGCCAGUGACAGGGAUUCCUCAGACCCUCAGGGACCCUUUGGUGAUGUGACAUACAGUGUGAUAGGAGAUGACUUUGCUCCUACCUACUUUGAUGUGACCCCUCAAGGUAACAUUCGUGUGAGCUCCAAUGCCGAUUACAGACAAGAUGACACUGCUGUCUAUAAGUUAAGAGUCCAGGCCAGUGAUGGGUACUGUACUGGAGUGACAGUAGUCAGUAUUCUAGUACAGAGAAGUUUGGUUGCCCCUCGCUGGAACACAACUGCGUCUGUCUAUGAUAGGACCAUCCUGGAGAUCUACCCUCUCAAUACACCAGUUCUCACCCUCUAUGCCAUCGACUCAGAUGUUGGGGCUCGAGUGCGCUAUGGAUUUGCUCCUAACUCACCCAAUCAGAACCUGUUUGACAUUGACGCUGUGAAUGGCGGCAUCUUCUUGAGGAGAUCUCUGGUUGGAACCACAGAGAACUUAUACACUAUAAAUGUGCGUGCCUUUGACAAUGGUAACCCACCACUGUCCACACCUAUACAGACAGUGCGUAUCAGAGUGAUCAGGAAUGUAGCACCAUAUUUCCCACAGCGGGUAUAUGAGGUAGAAAUCCCCGCCUCUGUGGCACAGAAUGCUCAGAUUGCUACAGUAAUGGCCAGAGAUAACAACACCAGGGUUCCCUUUAGCACAUUGUCUUAUGACAUUAUUGGGGAUGGUGUGGCUGCGACUUUCUUUGGUGUUAAUGGUGGGAGAGUUUUCCUGCGUCAGAGUUUACCAAGCAGGCCAGAAAAUGUGUACUAUGUAAGAAUCCGUGUCCAGGAUGGAGGGUCACCAAGAUUGUCAGAUGUGGCUGUUCUACAGGUGACAGUGAAUCAAAACAAUUUCCCACCUGUCUUUUCUCGGCGCUUAUAUAACCUCACGGUCAUGGAGAACAAACCCCUGGGUGAAGAAAUCAUCACCUUUAAUGCCACAGACCCAGACAGAACUGCUCCCAGUAACACGGUCCUGUAUGAGUUGUCUGGAGAUUCCACCACAAUGUCAUACUUCGGCGUGGACUCUACCACUGGUAUGCUCUACCUGAAGAAACCUCUGUUUGCCGACCUCAGUAACAGAACACAGUACAGGUUCCAAGCCACUGCUUAUGACAUGGGAAACCCUCGUCAAUACGCGUCACCAGCUCAGGUCAUCGUUAACUGUGUCCGCAAUGAGUAUACCCCAGAGUUCCUUCCCUCAUCGAGUUACUUUGUUAGAUUUGAUACAAAUGUUCCUGCCAACUCUGUGAUUCAGAGGGUGACUGUUCAAGAUAGGGAUACACAGGCGCCUUUCAAUCAAGUGACCCUGGACAUCAUUGGGGAUUCCAUAUCAGCCAAUUACUUCACCAUAGAUAACAACGGUGUGAUUCGAGUGAGACCAGGAGUGCAGCUCCCAAUCACCAUUAACUCCAGAUACCUGAUCCUUGUGCGUGCUCAAGAUGGUGGAAACCCCCGCCUGAGCAGUGUUGCUACAGUGGUUGUUGCUGGUCCAGAGACUCGGGCACUCCUACCCAACCUGUAAGGUUCAACGUGUCUGAAUUGUUACGGUCACAAUUAAAGAGUCAGCUCCUGCCGGCUACUUUAUCCCCAGUUCUUUGCUGUGGAUCAGAACAAUAAUCCUUUUCAGCGCCAGGUACUCUACAGCCUUACAGGUGUUGAUGAUGCAGAUACAUACUUCACCAUUGACAGCGCACUGGUGUUGUGCGCUUGACCAGGCCUCUUGUCAACCCAAGGAGCAGCUAUUUUAUGACUGUGAC